GGCCCGGGAAGGGUUUCGACGUCUCCUGGGUGGCUAGAGCGUCCUCCCGCGCUCCGUCGCGCUGCAGGUGACGGCGCCCGGAGGCUGUCGGGAAGUGGGCGGGGUGACGUGGGGUUGACGAGCGCGGCGGCGGGUUUGCCGAGAUCCGCGGUCCGCCGCAGCCGGAGCGGGGGGCGGCCGAGACCGAGAGGCGGAGAGGGGCGGUGUGUGGCCGGGGCCAUGACGGGCAAUGCCGGGGAGUGGUGCCUCAUGGAAAGCGACCCCGGGGUCUUCACCGAGCUCAUUAAAGGAUUCGGUUGCCGAGGAGCCCAAGUAGAAGAAAUAUGGAGUUUAGAGCCUGAGAAUUUUGAAAAAUUAAAGCCAGUUCAUGGGUUAAUUUUUCUUUUCAAGUGGCAGCCAGGAGAAGAACCAGCAGGCUCUGUGGUUCAGGACUCCAGACUUGACACAAUAUUUUUUGCCAAGCAGGUAAUUAAUAAUGCUUGUGCCACUCAAGCCAUAGUAAGUGUGUUAUUGAACUGUGCUCACCAAGAUGUCCAUUUAGGAGAGACAUUAUCAGAGUUUAAAGAAUUUUCACAAAGUUUUGAUGCAGCUAUGAAAGGUUUGGCACUGAGCAAUUCGGAUGUGAUUCGACAAGUACACAACAGUUUUGCCAGACAGCAAAUGUUUGAGUUUGAUGCAAAAACGUCGGCAAAAGAAGAAGAUGCUUUUCACUUUGUCAGUUAUGUUCCUGUUAAUGGAAGACUGUAUGAAUUAGAUGGAUUAAGAGAAGGACCGAUUGAUUUAGGUGCAUGCAAUCAAGAUGACUGGAUCAGUGCAGUAAGGCCAGUGAUAGAAAAAAGGAUACAAAAGUACAGUGAAGGGGAAAUUCGAUUUAACUUAAUGGCCAUUGUGUCUGACAGAAAAAUGAUAUAUGAACAGAAAAUAGCAGAGUUACAGAAACAACUUGCUGAGGAGGAACCCAUGGAUACAGACCAGGGUAACAGUAUGUUAAGUGCUAUUCAGUCAGAAGUUGCCAAAAAUCAGAUGCUUAUUGAAGAAGAAGUACAGAAAUUAAAAAGAUACAAGAUUGAGAAUAUCAGAAGGAAGCAUAAUUAUCUGCCUUUCAUUAUGGAAUUGUUAAAGACUUUAGCAGAACACCAGCAGUUAAUACCACUAGUAGAAAAAGCAAAAGAAAAACAGAAUGCAAAGAAAGCUCAGGAAUCUAAAUGAAGAGGAUCUUUUGGAAUGUGUACACAUUUCUGCUUCUGCACUUAAUUUCAUGGAAACCAUUAAGUAUAAAGAACUUUGAGCAACAUUCUAAUUGGCUCAGUGCACGUUUGUCAAUAGUACCAGUCUGUCUUGUCUUUAAUGCAUGGAUUCAUAAACUUUUCCCCUACCUGCAUCAUGUGCAUGUAGUGCAUAUUAAAUAAAAAUGAUAUUAAGAGUACUUGCCCAAAUUCCAUUAUUUGACAUUGGAUCUGAGAACUGUUAGUUCUCUGGAUAGCUGCCGUAAUGAACCUAGAAAAUGCACAAAUGAUAUUCUCUGCUGGUAAUUGUUCUAAUUAAUCUUUUGAUCUUUUAGCCCAGUUAAAUACUUAGAAUUUAUAAAUGUCAGAUCUUGAUUAAACUGAAUCUCCCAUCAUUAAUGGAAAAUUAUCAGUGUUUUUAUCUUUGGUAUUUGUUUUAUUUUAACACUGAAUUUUAUCUCCAACACCAAUUAUUUGAGAAAGCAUGAUUUUAAUGCAGAUCCUUAGAAAUGAACAAAAGUAUAGUUUCUAGUGAUUUGUACUGCUGUCAGUAGAAAAGGUAAUAAACAUCCCAAUUUUAUUUUAGCAAACUUCCUAUAUUUAUGUAUUAUAGAAUUAUUUUAGGAAGGUCUAUGUUUUAUGCUUUAGAGCAAAAUUUCAGGUAAAGAACAAAUUGUAAAUCUUAAAGAGUAUUGGUAUUACUCUCAAUUUGGCCAUAAUUUUCAAACAAGCUUUGUCUUUAGGAAAAAUUGAAAAUUUGACAGUUUUGGCUAUAUGCUUUCAAAAAAAGGACUGCAGUGGUGAUGGGGGAUCCUUUUAUGCCAGUUUGAACAAAAUUAGCACAGGCAGCUGUUUUUAAGAGCCAUGUGCGAUUUUAUCACCAGGGAUUUUUUUUUUUUUUUUGCUUUUGGGAGUUGCUUUGGUUUUUAUUUUAUAAAAUAAUACUGUAUUCUUGCUCCUAAUCUUCUUUUCCAAGUUAAACUUUGGAGGAAAUUUUAUAAAACUUCUUUUUAUACUGGAAAUUAUCUACUUUUUUGCUUACCAAGCACAUUUCUGAAGUUAUACAUGCCUUUUUUUAACAUUUUAUCAUUUGUUGUAAAAUAAAUUAUACGGAAUUCAUUUUAUUAGGGGGAGUGUGGACCCAUCUUCCAUCUUCACCACAUGAAUUCUUAAGGAUUGUUUUAAGCUUAGUAAUUGUGAUGUUAUUAACUGACUUAGAACUAAUGAGGGAAAACCUGAUAAGAUAUUGAGUAGAAAAAUCAAUGAAAUAUUUUUCCUAUAUAAGUUCAUGUGGAAGUAAUGAAGAAUAUGUAGUUUUUCAGUUAUUUGUGGGUAAAUAUAUUUUGCUCAUGGUACGCUAGUAAUUAUGUAGUGUUUUCAAAGCCAUGAUACAAUUUUUAAAAAUGGUUUCCUAGGGAAGGCUCAUCUUGAUCCUAUUCAUUUAUUUCAGCUUAAUUUAUAUAUCCUCUUUUAUUGACGCUUAAAUUUUGUAAAGCAAUACAAGGGUUAUUGUAGUAAGUAGUAUCUACUAGUCAAUACAUUGUACUAGCAUAGGACCAACAAAUAAAUCAAUGGAAUAGAAGAAAGAGCCUAAAAACAGAGCCACAUUUAUAUGAUCACUUGACUUUUGACAAAAGUGUCAAAGCAAUCUGAUAGAGAAGGAAAGUCUAUUCAACAAGUGGAGCCAGAAUAGAAUAGCUGAAUAUCCAUCUGGAAGAAAAAAGAACAAUGACCCCCUACUUCACAAAAAUAAAUUUGAUAUGGAUGAUAGACCUAAAUAAUAGCUAAGAAGUAUAAAGCUAUUUUAGCAGAAAACAUAGGUGAAUAUCUUUGUGACUUAAGGGGUUAGCCAAAGGUUUCUUAGGUCACAGAAAGCAAUAACCAUAAAAAUCCAAAGUUAGAGUUCAUUAAAAUUAAAAACUUGUUACUGAAUGACACUGUUAACAAAAGCAACUAGUAUCAAAUGACAUUUUAAAAAUAGCUUUACAAAACUACUAUGUUAAUAAAGAAUUUUUUUCUUAUUAAUCUAAUUCUAAUACAAUUCCUUGAUAGGAAUUUCCAUAGCUUAAGAAUGGUUUAUUUUAUCUGCGUCUUCUUUGGUGGUUGCAAAUGCAUUGUGAUAUUUCAUGAUUACUUCUGUCCAUGAAUAAAAUAAGUAUGACUUGUCUUUGUCUGCAUCCUGUAUAUUGCUUAGUUUGAAGCUAAGUCAUGAAGCUGGUGGGUAGAGAAAACAGAGGACUAAAGAGCAAUCCAGAAAUAGUUAUGUGGAACUUUUUUUAAUAGUCCAUGAAUUGAUAUAUAAGGAAGUUUUUUUAAAGGAGUAUUUUAAAGAAAGUCUCUUGCUCAUUUCAUGUUUGCCCUUUCUUUUCUAAAAUCUCAUUUAAUGAUUGGGUAGGUGAAUGCACUUCCAUUCUGUUUUAUAUCUUUUAAAAUAGCUAGCCAAUUCUAAGGGAUGUACUUCUGCUAUUAUAAACAAAGAAAGCUUGCCAACAGCUGUGGCACUGGCUAGUCUCACCUCGUAUGUUUAGUUCCCAACAUAGCUGCCUUUUUUCUAACAGAGCAGUCAGCUUGACUGUGCCACUAGAAUAGACAAAUAUUUGUUUUGGGAUCAUGACUAUGGGAACUUACUCCCCUAUUUAGGACCAUGAUACAUACUUCUGUGUGUAUUAUGUUGUUAUGUAUGCAGAUUGAUACCUUUAGUUAAUCCUCCUAGUUGUUUAUAAAAUUUCAAGAUACACUUAGAGAUAUGUAUAUAUUUUUUUCCAGUAGGAGGAUGUUGUUUCUUUUGUUAGGGAGAAAAAAAUGACUUUUAACGUAUUCUAAAAAAAACAUUUAGAGAAAACAGAUAAGCAAUACUAAAAUUUAAAUUACCUAUAGUUCUACCAACAGAAAUGUCCAUAUUAACAUUUUGGUAUAUUUAGUAAUCCUUUUUUCCCUUGCGCACAUAUGUUUUUGUGUGUAAGUCUUGCAUACCCUCCCUAUACUCCGAAAUAGCUUUAUGUAGUUUAUAUUAUUUUUAAACUUGAUAAAAAAUUAAACAAUUUUUCAUUUCGUGUCAGUGAUGACUUACUUGGUAGGAAACAAACCUCUCUGGCUAUUUGAAGAGGAAUGGGGAUUGGUACUGAAAAUUUUGAAACUACAUAAUUUCUUACAAAGUCAUUGGAAAGUUUGGAGGAGUGGGCUGAAGUUGAGUCUUCAGAAAUGAUUCCCAGCGAGGCCCACCACAGUACUACCUCUGCAGCAGUAAAGGAGUCCACCGUUGGAACUGCCGAUGUUAGAAAAUGUUGUACUAGUUGUGUUCCAGGAGUGAGGAAUCUGCCACCACUGUUGAUACCCCGUGAUCGUGUUAGAGGCGAUGAGGAGACGGGGCUGAGACCAGACGCAGGGGCCUGCAAAGUGGGUGCAGGUGGUAAGGCCUAACUAAGGGGGCUUGAUAACCACAGACAAGAACCAGCUGCAGCCAGCUUGUCAGCUCUCUAGGACACCUUACAUGACUUUUGGCUUAUUACAACAUUAUUUGCAUUGUGGUUUUAAAAUUUCUCCCUGAAAAUUGCCAUGACAGUUCCAAAACAAUUAUAUAAGGUAUAAAAAUGAGAAGGAACUCAAUUCUAGGAAUUACUACCCAAGUUCUUAGUAAAAACCAACUUCUUAGCCUUGAAUAUUCCUCCCCUCAAUUAGUGAGACUUCAUAAAACCAAAAACCCCUUCCUUUCAGGCCAGCUGCUCUUUUCGAGCCUGCCCACUCCCUUUCUCUUGAGAAUGUACUUUCACUUUUGCUGUUAAUAAAAGCUACUUGCUCUGUCUUA